UCUUUCACCCCCUAUGGGUUUUCAAUAUAAAAGAAAUAUUAGUCCCAUGUCAAGACCAGAGCGCGACAGCCAUGUUUCUCCCUAUAAACCAAGGUUAGAUGAACGCAAACUGGAUAGGAAUGAUUUUGCAGGGUCGACUAGAAAGCAAAAUCACAGAACUCUGAGUAGAGACGGAAAUGGAGCUCAUCCAGUACAGCUUCUUGAAGUUGAUAGAGUGGUAGGUGAGAAAACAAACUACAGGCGUAGAUCAGCGACUGCUCCAAGACUGAGGAAAAACGAUUAUGGUAAUAUGCUGCAGAGAGAAGAGAGUGCCCCCUCGCCAUUGCCAAACAUGGUUCGUAAACAUAAGGAAGCUGUGAAUCAUGUAAAAACACCUUCAGUAGGUGAACUCAAUGAAAUGAUUGCCAAGGCAAAGCUUUCUGUUGGUCUUCAAGAUAAUGCACCUGUACUUGAGAGCAUUGAAUCCAUUUCACCAGGUGAUAUCUUCUUUUCCAGGGAUCACACAGCACUGGCGCUGCAGAAGAAUGUUCUGCCCAAAAAUAAUGGUUCUGAGAGGCAUUUCGCCCCGAAGCCUAGAAUGAUUUCCUCAGGAGAUGCUGCUGCUCACCAACGAUUUAAAGUAAAUGAUACUUUUGAUCUUAACCCCGGGAAUACUCCAUCCCGAACUGGUUUUUCGCAAACAACUAUUUCCUCUAGCUCUGCUAUGAGUGGGAAAAAUAGCGGUAAACUUAGCAACAAGAGUAGUAAGAUGAGUGAUACUAGUGGAAGAACCACUGAGAGCAUGAGAAAAUUCACAGCCAAUAGGAGGAAGAGUCAAUCAAGUCCAUGGUUGGCUUGCAUGAGAAAGGGCCCUUGCAGAACAUCAAAAUCACCUGAACAUCGACCAUUUGAUGAAACUAUGUUUAUUGACAAGGCAUUUGUGGUUGAAAACCUCAGACAGUUUUGGGCGGAUAAACAUCAGCCUGGUUCAUUGAAUGGAUUCACUUGCCACAAACAAGAGGCUCAACUUCUUAAGCAAAUUGUGUCCCAUGACGUCUGUCCCCACAUUUUGCUCAAGGGACCAACUGGUUCAGGGAAGAGAGCACUAACAAUGGCUCUUCUACGUGAAAUAUAUGGUGAUGAUUGUUGGAAUAUAUCGCAUGAUCUCAGAUGUUUCCAGAUUCAGGAAAGAAGGCCAAUGCAAGUAGUCGUUCCAUUAACAUUCAGCACUCACCAUGUGGAGCUCAAUGUAAACUUGGAAGCAAAUGCUAAAUAUGCAUUAAUAGGGUUAGUCAAGGAAAUAAGCAGUCAAUAUGCAGUCCCCCCUGAAGUCAGCAAUGUCAAUUUCAGGCCAGAAUAUAAAGUGAUAGUCCUAUAUGAGGUUGACAAAGCAGAGCAGAGCACUCAGCAUCUGAUGAAGUGGAUCAUGGACUGUUACACAGAGUCUUGCAAACUCAUUCUCUGCUGUGAAGAUGAUGCAGACAUCCUUGAAUCUGUGAAAACCCGCUGCAAAGUUAUGAAGGUUGAUGCCCUUGUUACUCAUGAAAUCAUGGAGGUUCUAAUGCAGAUAGCAAGAAAGGAGGACUUUGAUCUACCUACGACCUUUGCCACUAAGAUUGCUACUAAAUCAAAGCAGAACCUGAGAAAAGCAAUCAUGGCUUUGGAAGCAUGCAAAGCACACAAUUACCCUUUCGAUGAUGACCAACCAGUUCCAAUUGGAUGGGAAGAAGUCCUAGACGAACUUGCUGCAGAUAUCCUAGCUGAUCCAUCGCCUACGAGAUUAUCUUAUAUACGGGAAAAGUUUCAAAAGCUUCUUUUGGAUUUUGUACACCCAAAACUCAUCCUCCAGAAGCUCGUGGAACAGUUCCUUAAGCGAGUAGAGACUAGUUCAAAGAGGCAACUUUAUUAUUGGCAUGCUUAUUAUAAUAAGAAACUCCCAGCAGGAACAAGUGCUAUACUGAAAUUAGAAGAAUUUGUGGCCAAGUUCAUCAGUAUAUACAGGAAGAGUUCCAGUAAUCGUCAGUACAUAUAGUUAACACCAGACUGGUUUGUAUUGUAGGUAUCAUAGUCAUACAGCUGCAGCUGCUACGUGAUACUGCAAAAAGCAAAAAAAAAAAUUGAAUAAUUACACGGCUUGUAGGGCUUUCUAUGUGGGGUUUGGUUGGCAAUGGUUGAGAUAUAGCACACAAAACUGCUGCUCUCCAAAACCUCAAAUCCCUUAUUAAGGU